CAGCCGGAAAGCCUCGGGCUCCUGUGCGCCUCGGAAGCCGAAACGAGCGGCAUGGCAGCCGCUGCAGGAGGCGGAGCCAAGCGCUGACCUGGCGGCAUCGGAAACAGAGGCACCUUCUCUGGGAACCGCUUUCCAGCCAUCCCUUCCCCCCUCCCAGUUUCCCUCUGUGUUGAGGUAACGACGCUUAAGUCUUCAUAGGGCCCUGUGACCCCCUCGGCUGUUGCGAGGCGUGUUGUGUGAGAGAGAAACCCCAGGGAGCCUGUCGCCAUGGAGCACAUCCGAAUGCCCAAGGUGAGUACCGGGAAGAGAGAGAGAGAGAUGGAUGCUCGCCUUUUGCAUCCUUGAAAGCGCCCUUUAUUUCUCCCUUGGGUGGGCGAGGCUGGGGUGCAUUUACACACACACACCUCCCAUAAAACAAAAAAAGUGAUUUAUUUAUCUUUUUAAAAAAACCUAUUUCAUCCUUUCCUGGCUUUUCAUAAUUUCUAAUGCCAUCGGCUGUUUAAAGUAGACCUUGUAUUAAGCUCAGAAUAUUCACCGGUUUGUCUAGAAUAUGCUUUUUUUUAAUUCGUCCAUAAUGCAGCAACCAUCCCUGAAAGCAGGGGGGAAGGUGUCCCCUCCCUUUUCAUUCUGCUUUUUAUCACUUUUUUGAAAUUAAACUGGAGGCCUCUGCCUGGCCGUGUCUGCUGACAGGGGUUGUGGUGGUGGUGGAAGAGAACCUACCGUAUUGAUCUUCUCCAGGCAGGUGAAAAAUAGGAUUGCAGCACACACAAAAAGGGCUCCGAAUAUGAUGUAGUUUCUCUACAGGAAUGAGAUCAAGGUAGCGUUGAAUCGUAGGAGAAUGCUGAAGUUAAAUGAAUUCCUUUUGGCUGAAUGGAUGUGGAAUGAUCUAUGGCGCUGAAGAGUUGUUUUGCAAAUGCUGAUGGUAUAUUAUUAGCCAUCAACUCAAAAUAAUGGCUUCUUGUUCUUUGGUCUUGCAUCACUAGGCCUCUGACUCCCAGACAGGAAAUGGGAUAUUUGAUCCUGCUUAAAAAAACCCAAAACACUGAUCCUUUACUCCUUUUUGUAUCUUAAUCAAAAAAGGUUUCAUUUAUCGCAUUUAUUCCAAUACUUCUGAGAAACAAUAAGAAUUAUGUGCCUAUAUCUAGUCGACACAGUCUUGAGAGCACUCAGAAUAUGGAGGAUUUUGUUCUUUUCUUUUUUCAAAGUGAUUAUGAAGGGGAAACAGCAUAUAGUCAUUUUAGACAGGGUUGUGGGCAGGUGUGGGCUGGUUGGGCAAGCACACAAUUUUCUGUUUUUUGUUGAUUUUGUCAACCAAAGUCCAUCGACUUUCAUUUAAGAAAUCAAGUUUCUAGCUCCUGAGGUUUGUUUAGAAAAGCUUGGCAAUAUUCCCACUCAUGUCAUCUUCCACUUUAUUCUUCCUUUCUUGCCAAAAAUUCUAGUGACUACUAUGAAUCCAGGAACACCCUCAGGCUAUGUAACUGCUCCUUCAGAGGGAGGACCUACCGUAAUUCCUGGACCUGAGAGUCACUAACCCACAAGGCCUUUACCGUGCCAGGAUUCAAUUUCAGUUUAUUAAUCCUCAUCCAGCCGCUACUGCAUGCAAACACCACUCCAGGUGCACCACACCUGCCCCGGUUGUUACAGAGAAAUAGAGUUAGGUGUCAUCCGCAUAUUUAUGAAACAUUGCUGCAAUGCAUCCAAGGCCCCAUUCCUUAUUUUUUGAAUUACAUCACUUACUUCUUUUACUGGUUGGUUGGCUGACAGGCAUGAUUUCGGAAGCAUUUUCCCUCUGGUACCCAAGGAAGCAGUGCUGCAACAGGAUGCUUGCAACAGGGACAAGAAGUCUAAAACACAUUUUGCCCAGAUAUCUGUGUUGCAGGUGGCAACCAUGAAAGACUACCGACCUGGAUCAGGACCAUUGUGGACCAAAGGGUUAACGCUCCCACACCAUGCUAUAGAUCAAAUCUAGAUCAGGUUUCCCCACAGUUGUUAUUUACUCUGUGUUUGUGUGUGUGUGUGUGUGUGUGUGUGAGAGAGAGAGAGAGAGAGAGAGAGAGAGAGAGAUAAAUAAUAAUGCCUCAGCCUCCUUUUCUACUGCUUCAUGUUGUUGAUGUUGUAGAUCAGCUCUCCAAAAAACAUAGGACAUUGGAAAAUAGGGAGUAGUCCUAUACGGAAUGGGUCCAUUAAGCACGAUAUUGUCUUUUAUGACUAGCAGCAGUUCUCCAAAGUUUAAUAAAGAGGUCCUUCUCAGCCCUAUCUAGAGAUGCUGAGACUUGAACCUGCAACCCUCUGCAUUCAAAGCAUGUGUUCUACCACUGAGCUACAGCCUUUCCCUGGUCCAGCAACUUUACUUGUAAGAAACAAGUAUUGAUUGUAAAUGAUUAUGAGCCAUUAGUGUGGUUUAGAAAGAACAUCCUCUGGGAAGCUGCUAAAAACUGAAAUAUCUAAUGAGUGAAAUAAUCUUCUGUUAACAGGCUUCACCAUAAAUGGCAGCAAAAGGGGAUGGGGGAUGAAACCAGAUCCCCACCUGAUUUGAAAAUGCUUUGUGCUAACUUAAAGGGCGGGGAACCAAUGGUGCUAAAGAUCAGAUUGAUACCAAAGGUAUGAAGAAGACAUUGCACUUAGAUCACAAUAUUUUUUUUCAGGCACAUAACGUGUGUGGUUCCUUCCAUUUAUAUCAUUGUAGCUAUAUAUUGGCAGCAGAGCAAUUUAAGUUAAUUUCCACUGAACAUGCCAAAUGAGUCCCUAGCGUCUGUGUUGUAAUAAUAGCACCAGGCAUUCAUUUGAUGUUGUAUCUGUUUGUUUAAUGCAGCAUUCUGGGUGGUCCAAGUUGUCCUCAAGUUCUAGUUUUUCCAUGUUACUGAGUCCUUUUUCUGUUUUGUUGAAAGUAUUUAGGUUAUUUUUGGGGGAAACGACAUUUGUAUCACAAAUAUUCAGGCCUUCGAUGUUCUUUUUUCUUUUCUUUUCAUUUCCCACUUGAAUGGGCUGAGAUUAGCUCAACCUAUGGGUCUUCAUGGGCUACUUAGUGCAAUAUGAAUUCGGGACUGACUCUAAAGUUCCCGUCAAAGCUCAUCAGGCUACUAUGAAGCAUGUAACGUGUAGAGCUGACAUGGGCAUCUUUAUGAGCAUAACUUUGCUGAGAACAAUAUUACAUGAAGAAUGUUAGAUCUUGGAUUUAUGUACAUAGUAAAGCAUCCUGUGAGAGAUGCUUCACACAUUACAUUUUUUGUAGAUACACUUUACAAUAUGUUGCUCAAGCAGCAACAUUCAUUCAUUGGGUGUCUAGCACACCCUUCAUCAAUUAAUGAUCCCGGGGCAGGAUUGAACAACCCCCCCCCCCCCACUAAAAAUGUAAUAAUAAAAUUUACAUGCAGCUCAUAAAACAGCAGAUAAUAGUAUAUAAUAGCACAAUAUAGUACACAUACAACAGACUGAUUUAUGACUCUCCACAUGAGGUCAACUCCCUACAAAACGCUAAUAACUAUUUAACUAGUGCCUAAAAGUGAAUGUUGUAGCACCAUUCAUUUAUUAAAGGGGAGUGCCAGAAGUGAGAUGCCAUAACAGAGAAAGCCCUAUCUAAUGUCACCACACAGUGAGUUUCCUUUAACACUAGUCCAAUGAGAAGGGCCAGUUAGUACAUGGGCAGUAUAGGAAGAUUUCGGCUUACUGAGCUGCUCUGAAUCCUGACAGCUUCAUUCUGCACUAAUUGCAACUUUUGGACUGCCUUCAAGAGUAGCCUCACGUACCAUUCGUUAUAGCUGUCAAGGGUCAGGAAGGUUUGUAGUUGCCACUUCAGUUUAAAAAAAUAAAACUAAUUAAACUUUGUCCUCUGACUAUCAAACCAACAAGUUAUUCUUCACUAUAUUGUUGAUUCAUGUUGGGAAACUAAAUCAAUAUGCUCUUCUGUUGUGCCAGUUCCAGGCCAGUUUUGUGAUGCGAAAAUACAGUAAACUAAUCCAUGGCUAUAUGAAGAUGUUGAUAUAAUUCUGGUGUCAGCUUCCUUAUGUAAAAGUUAGACAUGACACAAAUAUUUUACAGUGGUACCUCAGGUUACAUACGCUUCAGGUUACAGACUCCGCUAACCCAGAAAUAGUGCUUCAGGUUAAGAACUUUGCUUCAGGAUGAGAACAGAAAUCGUGCUCCGGCGGCGCAGCAGCAGCAGGAGGCCCCAUUAGCUAAAGUGGUGCUUCAGGUUAAAUAGUUUCAGGUUAAGUACGGACCUCCAGAACGAAUUAAGUACUUAACCCGAAGUACCACUGUAUUUUCUUUCCAAAGGGAUGUCCGAGUCUCAUGUCUUGACAAGUUCAUUAAUCGGUAUAACGUUCUCAUGUAUUUGUUUUAAAAUAAACAGCUGGCUACUUAUGCCUCUAUGUGUGUGAGCAUUGUUGCAUCCUUGCUCAGUGGUACAGUACAUGUUUUACAUUAUAAAGGUCCCAGGAUGAAUCCCUGUCAUUUAGGUACGGUUGCUGGGAAUUGCACUGAAACCCUGGAGAUGUGCUGGCAGUGUGUCUGUAGAUGAAACUAGGAUCCCAUACAUUUAAAGAAGGGAUAGCUCAGUUGGUAGAGCACGAGACUCUUAAUCUCAGGGUUGUGGGUUUGAGCCCAGUGUUGGGCAAAAAAGUUCCUGCAUUGCAGGGGAUUGGACUAGAUGACCCUUGUGGUCCCUUUGAACUCUACAAUUCUUUGAUUCUGUGAUUUUAGGCAUUUUGCCACUUUAAAUAGUCAUGGCUUCCCCAAAGGAUUCAUGGCAAAUUGUAGUUUGUUAAGUGUGUAGAACUGUGGGAAUUGUAGGUCUGUGACAGGAAUAGGGAUAUCCUAAAAGCUCUGGGGACCCUUAAUGAAAUACAGGUGCCAGGAUUGUUUGAGGGAAGCCAUGGCUCUUUAAAGUGGUGUAAUACUGCUUUCAGUGUAUGGUACAGAUGAUGUUUAAUAAGCUAGAAGGAUAUAUGGUUUGACUUGAUAGGAGGCAGUUUCCUGAGUGUGUUCCUAAACUGUUCAUUAAAAGCACAGGGAUUUCAAUCAAUUGUUAUCACACACUUUCCAGUGCAUAUCCCCAUCACUUUCCUUAUUGCAAAAAGACUGAUUUGGAGGGGGGGAGGUGUCAGGUGAAGCACGUUUGUUGCACAAGAGUGCUGAAUUGUCUUUAAUUGCAUAACCUGAACUUGCUGAUAGGUGAUAGAAUCCCUCCUGAAAACAGUGACAGUGUGGAAGCAACCCCUUGUCUGUACCUCAGAGCUCAGAAACCUUUCUAAAUGGCAGAUUCUGGUUUCCUGUGUUUCAGUUCUACAAGUGGAGAGAAAUAUAAUUUGUGGUGCUAUCUGGCUGACCUUGUUUACAGAGUGCUCUAUGUCCUGCUUAUUAUCACUUGGGGCUAGAAGAUUCUCAUCAUCCAUCUAUUCAGUCUCAUAACUUCCUGCUGUUAGUCUAGUGAUGAGAGCUUGGGGUCAUCUGAGGAAAAAGACAGCAUGACUAUUCCUCUUGAACACCCAACUGUCUCUCAGCUAUGCUUCUCCCCACGCCCCCUCUGGCUCGGCGCUAAUGUUUUUUCUUCCUUAUCAGUCUCCUAGAGUAGAAUUUAAUCAGGAAUCUGCAUUGUUCUCACUUGGAGAAGACACAAGUCUAAGUCGCUAGUUUUGUGCUUGUUUUAAUCAGAUGUGUGAAUCCUCAAUUGUAUAAUCCUAUUUUCCAAACAAGGUUGGCUGACUGUAAGCAAUGUUAUCCAGAUUGCUAUUGUACUGCCUUGCAACCGCUGUAUGACUGGCAGUCUCUUGUCACAGUGACAAAACAAUUUAUUGCAUUCUCCAUGCCUUUUAAAAACUAGAUCCACAAUCAAGGUUCAUUCAACAAGUAUAAAAUAUACUUAGGGACACAUGAUGUCUUGGAACACCCAGCGCAAUUUGACUGCAGCCAUAAAACCUUCACAGGCAUUUAACGUGCAUUCAGCAUAUCUAGAAAGAGCUUUGCAGCUAUCUUAACUUGAGGACUUGCCUAUCCCUUUCCCAAAUACAACAUCCCUUUUCUUGAAUGACCUCCCAACAGCCUUGUUCAGAAGGUCAGAUUUUAAAUUUAUCCUCUGAAAGUGCCUUACAUCUGUUUGCAAUUUUGCAUUCCCUUUAACUUCUAUAUUUUGCCUUCUUUCCCUUUUUUCUAAAAAGUGUUGUGUUGAAUUUGGAUCCACUUUAUAUAUAUCAUGUAAGGGGUUGCCAUAGACACCAUAAAUCCCUUGACUGUGUUCUGCUUAAUGCCCUCUUUGCUUCUUUUAGCCCACAGCAACCAAGUUCAUGGAGGAAAAUAUAUCAUGGUGGACAGACAUGGCUUUUAAUAAAUACUUCAGUCAGUUGCGAUUUGUGUGCAUAGGUGAUCGCUCAAGGGACUUGGCACUCAUUACCAUGAUCUCUGAUACCUCUGCAAUAGGGGUGGGGAACCUCUGGCCUGCGAGCCUCCUCAUUAGGACCCCCAAGACAUGCUGACCUGUCCUACACCUCAAAUUCUGAGCACACAAUCAUGUAGUAACUAGAUGGCUUACAAAUAAUUUAGAAGUUGGAUCCAAGGCAAACGACACAACCCAAGCAUUGGCAUAUCAUGUGGUACAAAGUCUUGCUUAAAAUGAAAACAAUUUAAAAAUGUACAGCUUUGGUGGUAUCUUACCCCAUAUCAAGUCCAGCUUUCAUUGAGAGUGGUUUGCCUCACAUAUCCUUACGAAUCAUUUAAUGAAAGACCUUUUCUUCCAUUUUUGCCCACUUCUUUGGUGCCCUGACCCCACAGAAAGUCACCACUUCCUUGUAUUGCGCAUUUCUAAAACCAGAAAUCAAAGCCAAUUGCAGUUCACAGAUUAUUACUCCAAAAUUUCACUACAUUCUUCGAAGAUGGGCUUCCAGAAUCUGUGACAUGUCCAUAUCUCUUCUCUGACAAUCGGAGAGAAUACUUUGAAGGUUUGAUGUUUAAGUCACAUUAAUCCUACAGUAAAUAAAUGUGACUUAAACUUCAAACUUUCAAAGUAUUCUCUCUGAUUGCUGCUGAUACCAAUUUCAGUAGGUGUUUCUGCACAGUUCCUAACCAUUGAGCAUCAUCUAUAGCUAAAGAUUUAGUUAAUUAAUCAGUAAGAUACAUGUAAAAUGUCAGUGGCUCCAGGAGAGGAGGGGCAGCAUUGACUACUGGGGAAGGUGGCAGUGAGAUUGUUACUGUGGGAGCACUGGAUUGGCUAUACUGGUAUGCCUGCCCCGCCUUUUUUCAUCACCUUGCUCCGCUAUACCCAGUAUGUGGUAGCAGUGGUGCUGUAGAGAGGCAAGGUCCAUGGCACUUCCCCUAGCUGCUGGCCACUCCUGAAAAGCAUUCUCUCUUGAAUGUUUUCUGACUGUUUUGAUUCUAAUGUGCUCUUGGAUUAGGGACUUCCAUUCUGACAAUGAUUGGUUGGAUUUCUUUUUUGAACUGAAAAUGGUCUCUUAAUUUAUAAAAAAUGUAUAUUUAGUAAAAAUUAUGGGGAUAUGCAAAUAUAUAACUGAAUAUUUUUUUCAUUUAACACUAGACUCCUAGUUUGGGGGUGCGGGUGGUGCUGUGGGUUAAACCACAGAGCCUAGGGCUUGCCAAACAGAAGGUCGGCGGUUCGAAUCCCCGUGACGGGGUGAGCUCCCGUUGCUCGGUCCCUGCUCCUGCCAACCUAGCAGUUCGAAAGCAUGAAGUGCAAGUAGAUAAAUAGGUACCACUCUGGCGGGAAGGUAAACGAUGUUUCCGUGCGCUGCUCUGGUUUGUCAGAAGCGGCUUAGUCAUGCUGGCCACAUGACCCGGAAGCUGUACGCCGGCUCCCUCGGCCAGUAAAGCAAGAUGAGUGCCACAACUCCAGAGUUGUCCACGACUGGACCUAACGGUCAGGGGUCCCUUUACCUUUACCUUUAGACUCCUAGUUAGUGCAGUUUGUGUCCCCAGCUAAGUCACUAUUGAAUGUACACUGCAGAGCAAACUUUGUUCUUUUCAGUGCUCCUAUUGGCCUAAAGUACUUUGAUGAUCUGGCACUAAGCUGCCUUAAGGGUGAAUUUUGAGCUGACAUCGCACAGUUUGUUUCUCCACUGGGAAUGAUGUGAGAUGCACAAAAAUAGUUCCCAGAGGCCAGAGCUUGCUAGAAAAUCUGUGUCUUCAAAGUGGUUUAGCUUUCUGCUUUCUGCAGCCAGCUCUUGACAUAGGUCACUGAAGAACUAGCCAAGAAGUCAGUGAAUCAUUAUACUAAAAAAAACCCCCAAAAACUGGGUCACAUCCUGGAGUUCCACUCUUAACUCAUUUGUUACCAAAGUAGAUUCUCAGUAGAGAAAAGGGCAAGGAUGAGCUGUCAUAAAGGCAUGAGAAUUUAGCUCAAAUAAAACCACAGAGCAUACAGAAACACUCCAUAGAUCUAUUUGGUUAGCUUGGCAGAAGUUAAUUUUAGCUUUUUCAAAUCCCCAUCUACCUUGAGCUCUGAAUAGGCUCUUAAAAACAUGAUAAUCCUUUAGAUGUCUUUGUAGCUAGGUUAUGAAUAAUUGUUAAAUUUCUUAGCUGCUUUGUCUCAUGUGAUGUGGUUGAGGUGGAAUUUGUGUAUAAGUAUUUUACCCCUUUUCUGUUUCAGAAAUCCUGAUAUGUGUAUGGAGCAAAUAUGAAUUUAACUCAUCUUUAGUAUACUUAUUUAAAAAAGAAAACAAAAGAAAAGUUCAUUAGCAAAUAUGGGUGUAUCUGCUGUAACGCGCUGCACAGAAUUAUGAGUAAUGUCAGGUCCAGUCAGAGGCAAGCAGAACCAAGGCUGUACCAAUCAGAUUGCAUCUUGCCAUUUUUACAAAAAUUGUUAUUGAUAGUUUUAUUGAGAUUUUCAGAAAUUUUAUUUUGCAAAGUACAAAAGGUUGCAGCCACUCAUUCCUGUUAGUCAAAAAUUAAGUAUAACCAGUGCUUUUUUUCCUGGGGGUACGCAGGGGUACCCCUAAACAUUUUGUGAAUCGAGAAGUUUGGCCUCAUUGAGAGGCAGUACAGUGGUACCUCGGGUUACAUACGUUUCAGGUUACAUACGCUUCAGGUUACAGACUCCGCUAACCCAGAAAUAGUACCUCGGGUUAAGAACUUUGCUUCAGGAUGAGAACAGAAAUCGUGCUCCGGCGGCGCGGCGGCAGCAGGAGGCCCCAUUAGCUAAAGUGGUGCUUCAGGUUAAGAACUGUUUCAGGUUAAGAACAGACCUCCAGAACGAAUUAAGUACUUAACCAGAGGUACCACUGUAUUUCAAUAUGAGUAGGGAAAUGAGAGUACCCCUAAACAUUUUUUUUUUUAGAAAAAUGCUCUGAAUAUGACUAAAUGAUUAUGAACAAUGGGUGGUAUUUUACUUGGAGUAGACUCCCUGGAAAUCAUGAACAUGACUAAACUAGGUACAUUAAUUUCAGUGGAUCUACUUUGAGUAAAACAUAGUUGAAUGCCAUCCAUUGUAUACAGACAUGUAAUUUUAUCACCCAAUUUUAGCAUGUAAUUAUAUUACUUAUAUUUGUUUGAAAACUACUGACUUUACUUCGAUUAUGUUCUUUCUAGUUUGUAUCUUUGACUCUGUAUUAAUAAAUAAAUCUUGCCACAAUUGGUUUUAUAUAUAGUUUGAUACAUUUUAUGUCAGUUUGUUUUUAAUGUUGGAUGGUAUUUUUAAUUUGCAUAUUGUUUAAUGUAAGCCUUAUAAGCAAAUAACAAAGAAAAUACAUAAACGAAAAGUAAAUUUGGGAUGUAAAAUUAAUAUUCUUUUCUAUGUCUUCUAGUCUCUUUCAUCUUGCUACUUUUAAACAGUGGAAAAAGAUUGGCAUGUUUAACAUAAAUGGUUUAUUUCAACAGAAAACCAGUUUCAUAGAAUUUUGUAGAAUUUUUUAUUUUUUUAUUUUAUUGGAAGUAUUGAACUGCUUGGUUAUGCUCUCUCUCUCUCUCUUUUAGGUGGAAAAUGUCCGCUUGAUUGAUGGAAUAUCUUCCAAAAGGGCUGCAUUAGGGACACUGUAUCUAACAGCCACUCAUGUGAUCUUUGUAGAAAAUGAGUCAGACACCCGUAAAGAGACGUGGGUAUGGCAAUUUCUAUAUUACAGCUCUGUGAAUCCUAUGAAAGUAAUUUCUACAACUCUGGUUUUAUUUUUAUAACUGCAAAAUGCCCUACAAACGUAUGCCGAACAAAUUAAAAGGGAGUGGAUAUAUCUGUGAAUGCAUCCCGUAAAGUUCGCUAAUUUGUCCUCUCCAUUGAUUUUUAAAAGUCUGUGUGCAAUGUACACAGACUUUUAAGUCAAGACUGGAUUAUAUGUAUGCAUAGAACAUAAUGGGUAUGCAUAAGGAACAGCCAGACCAUUGAGUUUGUUGCGAUGGCAGCAAAUUUACCAGAGAAAGCUCAAAAUCUACGAACAUGGGAAUCUGCCUUACACUGAGUCCAUCUAGUUUGGUAUUGUCUACACCAGGGGUAGCUAACGUUAUGCCCACUUAGAUGUUGCUGAACCAUGACUCCCAUCAUCCCUGACCAUUCGCCAUGCUGGCUGGGUCUUGGGGAAGUUAUAGUCCAGCAGCAUUACAGACCGACAGUGACUGUGCAGGGUUUCAGACAGGGGACUUUUCCACCCUACCUGGUCAACAGGGAGCUUCAGGCUGGAAGUGGAAUGUACUGUGUAAGUUUCAGCUCUUCGUUAUGGGGAGUUCACCGCAACGCUGAUGUAGAGCUCAUAUGUACUGGUUCAAGACUCUGUCUUUCUUCUGCUUCACAACAGCGUAUUUUCCAAUGCCUUGCUCCCUCUUUCACAUUGGAAGGUUGCAUGCAUUAAUGCACAUGGUCAAAGUGGGCUGUGUUGUAUUCUUUUAAAGUUGCAAGUGUUUUGUUGCUGUUUGGUUAUUUAAAACAUUUAUUUAUUAUUUAUUUAUUGAAAACAUUUGCACCCCACUUUUCCUUGGCAGAGUUCAAGGUGUCUUAACACACACACACACACAAAGAGAGAGAGAGAGAGAGAGAGAGAGAGAGAGAGAAAGCGCACAGUAAAAAAAGUUGUUUCUCCUUUUCAGGUUCUUCACAGUCAAAUCUCUUCUAUCGAAAAGCAGGCUACAGCGGCAACUGGUUGUCCUUUGCUGAUUCGCUGCAAGAAUUUUCAGAACAUCCAGUUCAUCAUGCCUCAAGAAAGAGAUUGCCAUGAUGUUUACAUAUCUUUAAUCCGUCUGGCACGCCCAGGUAUGGAAUGGAAGUUCAGAAGGAUACAAUCUGGAAAUUAAGCCUGAACAAAUGCUCUCUCAUAUUUAUCUUGUGGUGGAUUGCUGUCAUGCAGUUUGUAAAAAGAAAAAGGAAAAAAAAACCCUGAUGCUGAGGAGGCUGUUCUCUUUCACCCAGUGUACAAACAAUGCAAUAUCUGUUUGCUGUCUUUCAAAAAAAGCUCUGUGCCAUCUGAUAGCACAGUUGUAGAAAAGGCAUCUCCUUUCAGCGUUUGAUGAUCAUUUCAUUCAUCUCUCUUCUCUUUAGCCAUUCAUGGUUAUGCUCAUCUCUGGUUUUGCCCAUAACACUCUGGCCAUUAUUUCACUAUUUCUCUUUCUCCUUGCAGGUAAGGUUCCAUGGGACAGGGACCCUUCAUUUUAUUAUUUUUAGUUUUUUCCUACUUAGCUCCAUUAAUCUUUUAAUAUCAAUCAGCACAUUUACACAGCUGAUUUAGAACUUUAUUUCUCAUCCUCUUGUUCUGUAAACCUGCAGACUGGGCCUGAAUUUAGUUUUGGCACAGCACUAAGGUGUUUCCUUUUUACAGAUAUUCAGAGGUGUAGCUGUGUUGCAGCAGAAACAACAAAGGAUUUUGUAGACUGGAAAAGGUGUAGAAAGGGGAAACCAACAUGAUCAAGGGGCUGGAGAAAGUCCCCUUUGAGGAAAUAAUAAUGUGAGCAAGGAAAUAGGUAAGGGUUUAGUGGCUGGAAAAGUAUUAUCGAGGAAGAUUUGAGAACUCUUUCUGCUUAGGUUGUGACAGGUGGUUCUGGUGACAUCCCACCAUGUUCCUCAUUCCUGCCAACUGUGUCAAGCACUUCCAAUAACCUGCAAAUAUGAAUAAGCUUUGCACCUCACACUUUGUGACUGAACUGUUGAUAAAGCCUUAAACUGAAAAUAGGACGUUGUUUGUUCUAACUUGAUCUAGCUGUGAGAGCUCCUAGCCAGUGAUGUGAGCCGGUGUAAUGGAUGACUUUAAUGCACGUUUUGGACGCUGGUGAACAAAUACACGUCAAAAUUCCAGCCAGAUCUUUCUACUUGAGAUAUUUUUCCCCAGGUUAAAUAUAACAAUGUACAUAAACAGAUGGAACAGUGUACAUAAACCCAUGCCAUGACAAUAAACAGAUGGAGGCAGAAAAGUCUGAGUUCCAGAAACUGUUCAAACCCUGCCCUCAUCUAUUUUUUGAAUUAUGGUUUAAUGUUCUGAAAGUUUAUGGAUUAAUUUCCUCUCCAUUUCUUGUAUACAGCACUCCUUUUGUACAACAUAGAUUACUAGUUGUAUCCAUCUACAUACUCUAAUCCUGCUCUAGUCACACUUAAAAUGGGCAUUUAUGUGUAACCAGAUGCACUUGACUAUUGAUUUAACUGUGCAUCCCAUUGAAAGCAAUAAAGUGAAGUAAGUUUUUUCAAUAGUGCUAUAUAGGCAUAUUAGUCUCUGCAGCAAAAAUAACAGACUUAGGGCACCUUAUUUUGCUUGGGUUGUAUUUUACGUUAUGCUCACAGUAGAACCAUUGAAAUGUAGUGGACCUGAAUUAGUCAUGGCCAUUAACUUUAAUGGAUCUACUUUGAAUGGGACAUAGGUUGUCUGCAACUCUUUGCCUUUAAGGUGCUGCAGGAUUUUUCUGUUUUGCUUUUGAGAAGUAAGAUGGCAUCAGCGCUUGGAUACACUUCUAGUGCCAAAUCCAAUUUGGCUGGCUGUUCCUGAUAUGGCAAGUGAUUCACACAGAUGGAUUCACUUUACUUCUUUAUGGAUGACACUGGAGAAGCUUUCGUAGGGUGCAGACUUCACACCAUACAUGUAAAGCACAUUUGUUCCACUUUAACUUGUGGCUUCCCCCAAAGAAUCCUGGGAACUGGAGCUACCGUUCAUUUAUUGCACUGACAUGUAUUGCUUUACACUUGUUUACAUGGGACUUCAUUUGCCAUUUUACCACCCAUUAACUCAGUUUGGAGAGGCUCUUUUGGAGCACAAUCUCUUUUCAUUUUCACAACCCCAAACAAUUUAGUAUCAUCAGCAAACUUGACAACUUCACAGCUCACUCCUAACUAGAGAUUGUUUAUGAACAAAUUAAAAAGCACAUGGCCCAUUGCUGAUCCUUGACGGACUCCAUUUUCUACAUCAUUCGGGAAAAUGUCCAUUUAUUCCUCCCUUCUGCUUCCUGCUACUUAACUAAUUCCUGAUCCACAAGAAGACCUCUCCUCCCAUUCUGAGCAUGUUGCAAGCAUCUGCGUAUAAGGGACUUAGCUGUUGCAAGAGCCCUUUAUUUGCUUUGGGUUUAUCACACAUGGCAAUCUUGUUAGUUGUGUUCUGGCCAUUUUAUGGGACAUCAAUUCAUAAAAUUGUAGGGAAGGAAGGAACCUGAAGGUCACCUGUGACUGGUACCUUGCCUUGCCGCAAGCCUCCCUACCCUGCCCCCAAUGACAACAUUUGAAAGAGAUUAACCCAUAACAUCCAGUUAAUUGUUUCCUACUGUUAUAGAACAGGAUGGACCAAAGCUGAAUUCUCUCUGUUUGCUUCUGGAUCUGCCUUCACUGUGGUAGGGUUCACAGGUGACCAAUGGUAGUCUGAUGCCAGGUUUCUGCUGGAAGAUCCUGCUGUAAUCUACUAAGCCAUUUCCUGUAGAUAACAGUCUAACUGCGUCAGUCCUCCUGAACAUAAAACAGUUGGCUAAGGUGCUCUCUCCCCCUUAUUUCAUCGUAACGGAGUGUGCGAUACACACUUUCUUUUCCUCUUAAGGUCAAAGGAAAGAGAAGAGGCAGUAGCUUAGCUGAUCCCCACCUCGCCAAAAUGGCUGUGCACUUUGUAGUACAGAAAUUAAGUCCUAUUUAAAUGUGAAGUUAAGUGAGGGAAUAAAACGUGGGGGAAAGUUAGCAAUAAUAAAGUAAGGAUAGUAGAAUUAUAGUGCCUUACGCCAUCAACUUAGCUGGGUUGGGAUCUUCAUCAGCUGAUGGUCAUAAUGCUGUCAGUUGACUUGUCGGAACACUUUUACUCAAAAUAGUUGGUUAUGACUAUUUUAAGUAAUUGUAUUACAGUUGUUGUAUUCCUUUAUUUUGUUGUUAUUGUGUUGGUGUGCAGUUGCUCUUUAAAUCUGUUUCAUCCUGUUGUGCGUCUUCUGUUGUUGAAUACAAAGGUGAGCCAUAAAUAUCUAAGAUAAAAUUAUAUUGUCCAGGUAUUUUUUGUUUGCUUGGCUUGUGUUCAAACAAUAAAUGCCAUCUAAAAACGAAAGUGAAAAUUUUAAUGGCAUUUGCAGGGCUCAUCGGCCAAUUUUAUUUAUUUGCUGCCCAAGUCAUAGGUGGGCAGAGCAGUUCUAUGGAAGUGUCUUUCCAUGAGAAUCCGUGCCAGAGCUCAUGUCUACUUCAUGUUGCCCUCCUGGCUCAAUGUGAGCCUCGUAGGAAGUGAAGAUGGCUUUUUCUUAUUUCCCUGACACAAUGCGUUUUGGUUUCCCUCUCUAGGGCUGGUUUAGUUCUUUAGUCCUGCAGUAUGAUGAGGUACAAGGAGACUUUGGAUCCUGCCUCAACAUGCAUUCACUGUAGGAGGCAGUAUGAAUACCAUUUGCUUGGAAUCACAAGUGGGGAGAGCACUGUUCCAUUCAGGACCUGCUUGAGAGCUUCCCAUAGGCAUCUGGUCGGCCACUGUGAGAACAAUAUGCUGGACUCGAUGGGCCAUUGGCCUGUUCCAUCAGUAGAGUGGUACUGAUGUGCAUUCCGGAGCCACUCAACUGGCCUCUGGCCACCUGUAUGCUUGCAGCCCAAGUUACAUAGUACCAGUAGGAGAAAAAUGGAGCAAGCAUGGCACAUCAAACCGGUGGUCUGAGCAAAUGAAUCAAAUGACACGCUGCUAACGGAACAAGCAAUCUGGAUAAAACAGAAGAGCAAGAAAUGCAGCUCUUAACAUCAGACACCCUGCCUGCCUCCCCUCCCAAUCAGGGAAAAGGUUAGCUGUCUGCAAAGUUUGGCUGUAAAGUGUCUGGACAGACAGCAUACAGAGCUUGUUUGAAAUCCCAUCUGGAUUAUUCAUAUACACAAGUGCAGUCCUCCCUAACGAAGUGCAAGCUUCAUUGGUUAUCAUCUUUGAAAAAUGUGACAGCUGGCAUAGCUAAGCGAAUAAAAGUUGGUGUUUGUGAUGCAAUAAUAAUAAAUCAAAUGGAUAAAUAGUGUGUGUGUCUCUUUUUCCCUGUCCUUCAGUUAAAUAUGAAGAGUUGUACUGUUUUUCCUUCAACCCCAAGCUAAACAAAGAAGAGCGAGAGCAAGGUUGGAAUCUGACAAACAUGAAGGAAGAAUAUAAUCGGAUGGGGGUCCCAAAUAAUUACUGGCAGCUCAGUGAUGUCAAUAGAGAUUACAGGGUGAGUUGCUGCAACCAAAGGUGCAGUACUUGAUAAUGUGGAACACAAAGGACAGCAGUGACCACUUACCAUCCCUGCAUUAGCCUGGUAACUAAGUGACCCAAUUCAGGCAUGAUGGUUUAUGGAGUUGUGUGCUCAUGUGCUCUUCUCUCAUGCCCUCAGCUUUGGGUCUUACACCUUGGCUUGUUAAACCACAGUUUCCUGUGACAUCCAAACUGUGGUUUAAACACUGCCAGAAUAAACCAUUUCCCCUCUUUGGACAUUAUGGGAAAGUGGUUUUAAAAACCAGGAUAUAAACAUCAAAGCUGGGUACAGGAGGAUAGUGGUUGAGCAGUGUGGGAGUGCAUGGGCACAUGGUUUGUUAUUUGGCUGAUAAACCAUAAUUUAUUAGAGCAACAUUGUGAUGUCUGAACUGGGCCAGAGUACAAAGAAGUUGUGUGACACAAUCUCAUCAUGCUUUGCUUUGCUCCCCCCAUCAUUCAAUUGAGUGCUGCUUCUGGAAGUAAAGGAACUUUUUGAGUUCACUUAACAGAAUGUUUGAGUUCUUUAACAGAAAGCUUUCAGGAGGAUGCAGAAAGGGUUUUGGGUGGUGCAUCAGAGCAUGGGAAAACAUCUAGGUCUAACAUAUAAAUCACUCUUAUUCAGGAAAUAUGGAAUUUGUGUUUUAUGUGAGAUAGUGCAAGCUUUCAAACUUCGUUCAGUUAUUUUUUGCUUGGCUUUUUCUUAAGCAUACUGAGCACAGAUAUAGUUUGACUAUUUGUGAGGCCCUUUGAAAUUAUCCUUAGGUGAGUCUUCCAGAAGAUCAUGCUAUGUUCUGCUUCAAGAAACUCAUCUUGAUUUCCUUCUGCUUCUGCUUUUGGACAGGUCUGUGACUCUUACCCCACCGAAGUGUAUGUGCCAAAAUCAGCCACUGCCCACAUCAUUAUGGGAAGCUCUAAAUUCCGCAGCAGGAGGCGUUUCCCAGCACUUUCAUAUUACUACAAGCAAAAUAAUGUAAGUGUGGGACUAAAGCUUUUCAAUGAUUUAUUUCACUUGGACUGACUCUUCAUUUUCUAUUAGCUAAAAACCGUGAGGGACAAAUGAUAAUUGCAUCAAAUAAACAAAGAAAAUGCAUUUGAAAUUUGGUUAAAAUAUAUUGUUCAUUAGAGUGUUUUUGAGGUAUGGGUUUUUUGUGUGUGCUAUGGUUCCUUUUGUUAACACUGUCAAUUCUUUUUUGUUUCUUUUGUCCGCACAUAGAAUAAUAAAUAAAUAAAUAAAUAAGAUAAUUGCAUCAAGCAGGGAGUUGGAUUUGAUCACCUGCAAUGCCCCUUCCAUCUCUAUGCACCUUAAUAAGCUCCAUAGCUUCUCACUUGGGGACACAAGCAAAAGUGCUGUCAGUCUCUCUUCCCCAUUGGAGGGAGAAGCACUGGAGGCACUGGAAGGGAGGCAUCACUUACGCACUUCUACAACCUCAUAUAUUUGUAGUAACUGCAACGUAAGGGUCGGGAGAUGCACAAGGAGAGAGUUCUUACAGAGCCUCUGGGGAUAUUAAUGCUGAAUCCUCUGCCUGGGUCUUGAAUCAUGGGUGGGAAUGCAGUUGAGGUGCAUAAUAGGUGCUUCCUUGAAACCGGCAGAUAUGCUGGGGGAGGGGGAGAAGAAGAGAGCCUCGUUGAGGUUCAUUUUAUUUAUUUAUUUCAUAAAACUUAUAUACCACUUGAGUGUAGAAAACCUCAAAGGGGUUUACAAAGCGGUUCUGCGCUUAACCCUGAUAUAGGCUAGAUAUUUACUUUUCAAGUGGCAAGCGUCUGGGGGGUUUGUUUUCCAUUUCUAGAUGGUAAAUUCCCUUUGGCCGAGCUAAACGUGUUAACUUGAAUAUUUCUGUCUCUGUUUUUGUUUCCUCACAGGCUUCCAUAUGCAGGAGUAGCCAGCCUCUCUCGGGCUUCAGUGCCCGAUGCCUUGAAGACGAACAGAUGCUUCAGUCGAUCAGGAAGGCAAAUCCAGGAAGUGAUUUCAUCUAUGUUGUUGAUACACGGCCAAAAGUGAGAAAAUUUGUACUCUGUGGUGUAUGUGCUUAUUUUGUGGUGGCUAAUGCAGAUUACAGCCUGGCGCGUCUCAGAAGAUCUACAAUAGCAUGCCUGUAGAAGUAUGUCAGAGGUCAUCUGAAUGAGUUGGAUAGCACUGGGUGGCCUUGAAGUGCCUUGUGAACUUGCUGCUACAAAUCUCAGAAGAUGGAAAUAUGGUUUUACUUAGCUCUUUUGUUGUGAGUUCUGGAGUUAGAGGAACAGCAAACAAAUAGUCCUAAGGCUAUGCUUUCUAAAUUAUAUGUUACUGAAGCCUGGGGGGGGGGGGGGGCGGCACUGGACCCAGAGGAUGUUACAUGUAGCUCCAUGACUUGACAUUGUGGCAGAAUCAGCAUCUUAGGAGAAUGGCCCAGCACUGAAGUAUGCAAGCUUAUUGUAUGUGUGUUCUUUCAAAUAUCCGGCAAAGGCUACCGCACAAUUUGAUUUCUUCUUCCAUAUUGCAAAAUAAAGUACUUUUGAAGAAGAAUGCUGUAGCAUGUAGUCAUGGGCAUCACCAGAUUGUUGAGCACUCCCAACUUCCCUGAUUGGGGGGCAAUUCAGCAAGAUUUGCUUUCCAUUGAAAGACCAGUGGAUAGAGAGUAACUUGUGCAGCCGACUCCCCAACUCCAGUUAAUGCCAGGUAGAAAGUAUCAGGUAGUACAAUCAGACUCCCUCCCUCUCCUUUGCCAACUACUUGUCUCAAACCUGAUCACUACAGGUCAAUACAGACAGACUUGCAGCAGAAUAAUUUUACAGCUGCCUGAGGCUAUGAGCUCUCUACAUUGUGCCAUUACUUGACUGGUGGUCAUUCUGUGCUGUCACGGAAUGCUAGCAAACAUUCUAACUUGGUUAUGGGCAAUUGCUAUAGCACCAAUGCUAUAAAUACAAUAAGAGCCCUUGAACUUAACUAUCAUCAGGAAAGCCAUUCAGACCUGCAGUAGAAUGCAUUGGAUUCUGGUGUGAGUUUUGUCCCAGUUUACUUGCACUGUGGUCAGAACUGCAAAUCUGCCACUGAUUUCUCUUUUUGAAUGCAUCUGAGAUAAGGAUGCAUCCUUAUCUCUGAUAGAUUUGACAAAGUUAACAUUGGAAGCAGAAGGGUCCAGGAUGGAAGGGUCUCUUCUCUCUUCAACUUGUGAUAAAGUUUCUUAUUUUGUCAGUAAGUUGAAAAUUUUCUUCUGUGCUGUGCCUACAAAAUCAUAAAACUUCCUGAGUUACCUCACUUUAAAAAAGUGUUCAUUACUAAUUAACUCACCCUAGCAAAUCAACGCAGGCCAUCAAAAAUUCAACAUCUGAGAGCCAAUCAGCAUAUUCAUGUAAAUCCACUGCGGUACUGUAGAGAUAGUGCCAUCUUCUGGAUAUAUUGUGAUGUUAAAAGCGGACUUUGCUUCAACAGCACAAAAAUAAAUGUUAAUGCAACUAGAUAAGAAAUAGCCAUUGUAUUUUAUUUUCAUGCUCUCCCCUUUUAAAGUGGCAACCAUAAUAUAUGGAAUGGGCAUUACGCCACGAGGACUGGGUAGGUGCUAACCACAAUCAUAGGUGCUGAGAGAAAAGUAUAAAUGUUUUGUUGGUUGGAAAGGCCGUCGUGAUUAUUUUGCUGCCAAAGAUGCAGCUGCUGUUUUAGUUUUCUGAUGCCACUUGCAUCGAAAUAAGCAUCCAUCAAUAUAUGUUACAGCCAGUUCUCAGCACGCCAUCACUUUCUAGCAUGGGGGGCGGCGGAUUGCAGCAGGCUUGAUUUUCGCAAUGGAUGUGGCCACCAGGAAAAAUGAGCGGGUGCAAAUCUAGAAAUAUAUGUACUUAGAAGUAAGCCCAUUGAGUUCAAUGGGGCUUACUUUCCAAUUUGCAUCCCAGUUGGGUCUCUCGAUCACAGCCCAGAUAAGUUUGGGAUGGUAGUCCAUAUUGGAGCAUAGGAAUUUCCCUUCUAGUGAGUCAGGCUAUUGGUCUUUCUAGCACAGUAUUGUUGAUGCUGAUUUGCAGUGGCUCUUCAGGGUAUCAAGGAGGAUAUCUUGUGGAUUGGAGCCACUGAAAAGUUACUUUUAGGGACCAUGAGAAGUGGGUACUUCUGUCCCAACACCAGGUGGUUUGGCCCUAACUGACAGGGAUUGUGUGUGUGUGUGUUUGAGAUUCAGUUGUGUUCCUGUGUCAGGUUUGGGGAAAUCAGAUCCCUCCCCCGGUGGCAGCAAAGAAGCAGAUAAAAAAUGGAAGAGUUGUUACCUAUUAGUUUGUUCAAUAAUCACAGCGAGAGACAAAGGAAUGCAGUCUCUCUCUAGAAAUGGCGUUGCUCUAAGUAAAGUCCCACCCUCGCUUCGUUUCCCCUAUUCUACGUCAGUCCUGAUUGAGAAGGUGAUUGGCCUGGAUCCAGCCCCGGGGCCUUAGUUUGCCUACUCAUGGUCUAGCCCCUGACAGCCUGUAGGCAGAGGACCCAGCUAUCCUUGCAAAAUUUGAUUGCUCCAAAGUGUUGCCACCCCAAAUUGCACUGCGGGUUGUAAUGACAAUUGAGAACCAUUUCUGGCACAGUAGUUAGGGCGUAUGAUUUAGUCUGUAGAGCACUGAGCUCACAUCCGCGCUCUGCCACCAAGCUCACUGGGGAACCAUGGGCAAGUCACUAGCUCUCAGCCUAACCCACCUUCUAGGGUCAUUGUGAAGAUUAAACACAGAGCGUGCGUCUUGAUUAGCACUCGGAGUAAGGUUGGAAUAAAGACCUGAGGGCUGAAAAAUAUAAAAGCCUCUUAGUUUUCGCAGCUCAAACGUACGUCAAAGAAAGCUCCAAUUUUACUCUGAUCCCUCCUCCCCCCUGUGCAAAUAGGUUUAAAAGGUGGUCUUUUGUAAUUACGUAGAUACGCAGUGGAGUGAAAUACUCCUGUAAGUGUUUUUGCUUUUGUAUAUACUGCAUGCUGUUCCUUUGUCAUAUAGCAGAAUGAGCACCAUCUCCUCUACAGCUCAAUGUUUUUUCUUUCUUCUCUUACUCCCCCUCUGCAGCUCAAUGCAAUGGCAAACAGAGCAGCUGGGAAAGGAUAUGAGAAUGAAGACAACUACUCCAACAUCAAGUUUCAGUUCAUAGGUAUUGAGAACAUCCAUGUCAUGAGAAGCAGUCUCCAAAAAAUGCUGGAAGGUAAACUUUGUGGGUGUUUCCUCAUCUAUGCUUUUGCCUUGUGCCCUCUCCCAUCUUUCACACGUGCUUUUCGGUGCAGCGAGAUCCUGAGGGGAGAGGGUUAAAAAUGAUCAGUCAUCUGCUGUGUGUACUUCUGUGUUUCAGCAACAAAUAUUGAAAAUGUGGACUUUGCCCUGUCCCCAGUGUGGUCCCGGUAGACACAGUGGUACCCGCAGAGAGCCCCCUUGGCAUCUGCUGAUGGCCCCUGCCACUGCCCCUUUACAUUAUUAUUAUUAUUAUUAUUAUUAUUAUUAGUUAUUUGGAGGAAGCCUAUUUUUAUUGGAGGGCGUUGCCUUCUUUUUUGUUUAUUUGCUUGAAGGGUUGUGUUUUUUGUGUGGAGAGCAUCACCAGUUUUUCUUCUGUGAAGCAGGCAUUUUGUAAUGCCUGUGACAGUUCUGUAGAUUUCAAAAUGUGCUCCUGGGCCCAAAGUGGUUGGGGACUUCUGCUCUACCUGAGCACGUCUGCCCUCUGCUCCAAAACGAUAAAAUUUCCUGGGUGCAUACCUGAAUGAAAUGAGCUGUGCAUACUUGUACUUUAUACGAUAUCAGAAAGGGUAGUGUGAAGAGAGCUGUUGUUUGCAGAAUACUAAAAUUUGGGUGUGGGAAUUUCCAUUAAACAAGUCACUCUGUUGCACACCAAAACCGUACAUUUAAAGCACAUGGCUUCCCCCUGAAGAAUCAUGGGAAUCACAGAGUUACAGCUCCUGCACCUCUAAUAGACUACAGUUCCCAGAAUUCUUUGGGGGAAGCAAUGUGACAUAUUUCUCAGGCUCACCUAUCUCACAGGCUUAUUGUGAGGGUGAAAUGAGAUUAAUCCACAUAUGCUAUUCUCAGCCUUUUGGAGUAAGGGCAGGAUACAAAUAUGAGAACUGUACACUUGUAGAGUUGGAAGGGACCACGAGGGUCAUCUAGUCCAACCCCCUGCAAUGCAGGAACCUUUUGCCCAAUGUGGGUUUCGAACCCACGACCCUAAGAUUAAGGGUCUCAUACUCUACUUGCUGAGUCACCUCGGUUCUGUUAUGCUUCCUGUUUAAGUAAAUUAAAAAAUCGGACCAGUCAUUACCUCUUUCUCUAGUAUUCAUAGUUAACAGGGUUGCAUUCCUCACCAGCCACCAGCUUUCCCUGUUGGAAAGAGAAAUAAGGUCAUCUUGUGAGUUGCUGAGCUUGCCAGAUAUUUGAGUCACACACAAACACACACACCACUGAGGGUUGUCUCCUGUGCUUAAGGCCAGAUCUGUCCCAGAUUCUCCUCUUUGCAGACCCUUUUUAUAGAUUAAUGCUUUUUGGUGCGGAUAUGAAGGUGCCAAUGCAAUCUAAUGGAGCUUUUGCUUAGUUAUUUAAUUCCUCACAGUUGAACUCCACAUCAGUGGGAGUUCUCUUGAUGUCUAUAUGGUUGCAGGCCCAUAAUUUAGGACUUUAUGGACUUUGCUCAGUAAAGUGGAGAGCAAAUAUUGAUUCUGAUAUGGGAGGAAGGCUCUAUUUUGACUUUAUCCUGCACUUUGCAAACAAGAGGCAGCCAUCUCGGUUUGAAUCCAGCCGCUAAUUGCUUGUGCUCCCAUCUGCAUGGAUACAUAAAUCAUUGGACAGGUUUCUUGCUGUCAGCAGUGGGCCAUCAGGAGUUCUGUGAGAUGCCAUUUUUGAAAAUGGCCUUAUGUGAUAGAUCACUGGAUGAAAGGUUAGCUGAAAGGACUCUGGGUUAAGUAAGGGCAUAUGUGUCCAAGCAUCAAAUUUACAGGUACCUGCAGAAUAUUUGCUUAUUUGGCCAGGAUUUUCUACUGUAGGAAUAGCCAACAUGAUGUUGUUGGACUCUAACCCUCAGCCAACAUAGGUAAUGGUCAGGAAUGAUGGAGUUGGAGUCCAACAGAAUCUUCAGAGGACCACAUUGGCUACUCUUGGCCUAUUCCAACCAGGUGUGGCUCUUCAGGACCUUGGGCCCUUUCACAUCAAACGACAUCACUCCUGAUCCUUUAGCUGCACAUAGCUGGGAUAAAAUUUGGGCGCUUAAUACUAUGGGACAGAUCUGGCUUAAACUUGGGUGCUCUGCAACUUGGUUAUCGUCUCUUCAAUCCUUCAAGCUACCAUUCUCCUGGCAUUCUCUUUGGCUUUAGUUGAAUUGCUUUAGGGUCUCUAAAGGUAACAGGAUCCCUGACCGUUAGGUCCAGUUGUGGACGACUCUGGGGUUGCGGCGCUCAUCUCACUUUACUGGCCGUGGGAGCUGGCAUACAGCUUCCGGGUCAUGUGGCCAGCAUGACUAAGCCACUUCUGGCAAACCAGAGCAGUGCACGGAAACACUGUUUACCUUCCCACUGGAGCGGUACCUAUUUAUCUACUUGCACUUCAUAUUUUUGAACUGCUAGGUUGGCAGGAGCAGGGACCAAGCAACGGGAACUCACCCCGUGGUGGGGAUUCGAACCGCCAACCUUCUGAUUGGCAAGCCCUAGGCUCUGUGGUUUAACCCACAGCGCCACCCGCGUCCCAGGGUCUCUAGCUUCUAGCUUAUGACAUGUAUGAUGCUACUCAUUACAAUGGCUUUCUAUUUGGGUCCCAGCUUCUAAAAAUUAAAUCUGAUCAAUGCAAGUUAAAAUGCUUCCCCUUCGUUGUUGUUUUUUUUAAACUUUAUCUAUGAGGGUCAAUUUGCAGUUUGUCUGCUUGGUUGAAUACCACCCAUGGUGGGUAAAAAGCAACCCUCUCCCACGUUGCCUCCCUUCACUGCUCUUCAUUUAAAUAAAAUUUGGGCUUUGUUAUACACAUAACAAAUUUGUCCCUAGAUGUGUAGGCAAGCAUUCUGCAGCUUUGUGAGAUUGUAUACACAUGACCUCUUACAGUAUUUCAUAAUCAAAGGAGACUGAGUACUUGGGUUUGUUUUUAUUAUUAGUCCUCACACAGUCUAGAUCUAUUGCAUAUUUUCUGCCCCUGAAUAGCACUUCCGGAGAAACUGGUUUCAUUCCAAAAAUAAAAGCUCAUUGCAGAUUGAUUCUGUAUUACUCUAUAGUGUGUGCAUUUGAAGAAAGAUGAAAACCUAUUUAGGCAGUCCUGGCAACAAAAAGGUGUAUCCACACCUUUCCCAAGUCAUCCUUGUGACUCUGAAGGCUGUGCUCCUUUAUUUGGCAGUAUACCACUGUUAAAUUUAUUUUGGGUAUACCUGUACAUAAUUGUGCUAAAAGCUACGAUUAUGCAUGUGGGAACCAGCUCCCAGUCCUUUUUUGAAUUCCCCUUUUUCAUGUGCUAUGUAUUGGAAAAGACAAUGUUCUUACUUUUACUAUGUCCUCUCCAAUAUCUCAGUCGUUACAGCAUGAGACUCAAUCUCAGGGUUGCGGGUUUGAGUCCUACAUUGGGCAACAGAUUUGUGCAUUGCAGGGAUGGGACUAGAUAACCCUUGUGGUCCCUUCCAACUCUACAACUCUAGGAUUUUAUGUAUUUGUGGUUUUUAUGUUGCAAUUUUAUGUUGUGAACCACCGUGGGAUCUGCGGAUGAAGGGCGGCAUACAAAUUUAAAAACAUUAAUAAUAAUGACAAUAAUGUAAAACUGGCUAUAAACAGAGUUCUUUACUGAAGCUGGUGUAUUUUGCAGUUUGCGAGCUGAGAUCUCCUUCGAUGAGUGACUUCCUCUGGGGUUUAGAGAACUCAGGCUGGCUAAAGCAUAUCAAAGCCAUCAUGGAUGCUGGCAUCUUUAUUGCUAAGGUACAGUAUGUACUUUUAAGAAAGAAAUUGGGAUAAUGCUGAUCCAGAAGACCUGACUUUAUGCUGUUGACUUGCUGCUGCCUUCAGGGAUUUAUUAUGUAAGAAAUGUAUGUGGCCCAAAUGAGGCUAGGGAAGUAGACGGUGUCGCUCUGUAACAAAUAGGUACCAUGUUACUGAAACAAAUUGUGUCAUGGGCCCCUGUAGCCCACUCUGUCCUGCCCAAGUUACCAUUACCUGUCCUGUGUACCUGUGGCUGUUGACAUCACAUUCCCAACAACCAGGGAACACAGAGCAGGGGUUGCCAACCUUUUUGGACCGGUGGCCAUAUCUCACAUUUUGAGAGCGUUCUGGAGGCAUCAGUCACAGAAUGGCUUCCACGAGCAAUGUGGUACAACACAAAAUUAAGAGAGAUGGUUGCCUGCAACAACUUGAUGCUUUCCAUGGGAAGUCAGCUAUGUCCUGCUGGUCCUGAUUGCGGAGAUCACACUAUAUUGACAGACACACUGAUGCUCUUGCUGUUUAAUAUCAACAGGGAGCAUUUUUCAGUACUAGAAAAAAUAUGUAAAGUAGCCAUACCACCCUCACUCUCAUUUCACAGAAAUUGCUUAGAAGGUACCUGCACAUUUUGUUCCAUAACUUUCUUUCUAGAUGAGCUAGAGACCUUUUUUUUAAAAAAAUGAAAUCUUCUAGUCUGGGACACCUGCCCAAAGGCACCAGUGAAAGCCUUUGUGGACAGCAUGUCAACCCCUGACACAGGAUCAAUAAGCUGAUUUGAACAUUUUGACAAGCGGGGCGUGACCCCUAAAGCUGACAGAAGCAAAAUAUGACGAGAUAUAUAAUUGCUGUCCACCGUCUGCCAGGAUCUGCCCAGUGCAUUAUGUUGACUUGUAGAGUUCUUUGUUUGGUAACACUGGAACAUAAGAAGCUGCCUGAGAUGGAGUCAGAUGACUGGUCCAGCUAGCUAAGUUUCGCUUACACCAGGGAUGGGAAACUUGUGCCCCUCCAAAUUCUGCUAGACUACAACUUUCAUUGUCUCUGAUCAGUGGACAUGCCAACAAGGACUUGUGGGAGUUGGAGUCCAACAACGUAUGGAAGGUCACAGAUUACCCACCUCUGGUCUCUGCUGGUCUGCACCCCUGGUCUAUGCUGUACAGGCACAUGUUUCAGACAAGGGUCUUUCCAGGCAAUACCUAGAGAUGCUGGGAAACUGUAGCUGGAAACUUUGCAAAUCCAAGCAAGUCAUUCUUUGUGUUGGCUGCACCAGUUUGAUGUACUUCACACAAAUGAUGGAAAUGUUACUGCUCUGCUUUUAUUGGCUAUAUAUCUCUUCAAUGUUCCUCUGUAUUUUAGGCUGUUGCUGAAGAAGGAGUGAGCGUUCUUGUUCACUGUUCUGACGGAUGGGACCGGACAGCUCAGGUUUGCUCUGUAGCAAGCCUUCUUUUAGAUCCUUAUUACAGAACUAUGAAAGGGUUUAUGGUAAGCAUGCUUGCUUUUGCAGAAAAAAGCUGGGACUUGUAACAAGCUAUGUGCUCUGUAGUUACUUAGCUUAGUAUAGCAGAGGUUUCCUUAACACUAAAAGUAUUUUAAAGCUACUUUUCAUUAUCUAGUGGUUUGGUUCUAUGCGCUUCUGUGAGAGCAAGUGUAGCAUAGGAGCUCCCUUAUGCUGAGUCAACCAUUUGGCCAUUCACUCAGAAUUGUCUAAGCUGAAAGCUCAUCCACACUUCCACUUGACUCUUGCCUAAAAAGCAUGGGUCUCACCUCUUUUCUACUUUCCCCAUUGGAACUACAACUCCCAUCAUCCUUAGCCACUGGUCAUGCUGGCUGGGGCUGAUGAUAGUUGGAGUCUGAAAACAGGUACUCCAUCCCUGUCUUAGACCGACAGUGAAGAUACUUUUCUGCUUUCUUAAAAAUGCAUGUGAGCUUCUUUGCAUGCUACUUAUACAUACCUCUCUCAUUCUAGGUAUUAAUUGACAAAGACUGGGUUUCAUUUGGCCAUAAAUUUAAUCACAGGUAAGUGUAGUUUGCUGUGUGUAGAUUUCAUGAGGCUACAGCAAAUGAAAUGUGUUGCUACCAUUGGGUAUCAAAUGAACAACACUUUCUAAAUAAUGCCUAUAGCUGCGCCUUUGAGCUAUGAGCUAAAUCUUCCAUAACUGUUAUGUUGUAUGAGGCAGCAAAUCUUUGACUGAGGGACAGCAGUGGUUGUGCAAUGUUUCAAACUAUGGUGUUGUAGUAGUAAUUCAAGAUAACCAGGGCACUGCCUUGUGUAUGACUAUGUAGGCAAACUCUUUUCUGAUUGUAUGCAAAUAAAUUGAGAUGUUAGCUAUUCAGGCUUGGGCUGACUCUCAUGCCUCAGCCAAGGCAAACUUCAGACUUGGUUCUGAAGUGCUAGGAAUGGCACCAAAGUAAUCUUUUUCUUUUAACAAAUUAUUUAAAUUGAAGUUUAGGACUGGGCUUGCAAUGGUGCAGGGUGUCAUUCAUUUAAAAGGAUCAUUUGCUAUGAAUUAACUUUUCAUUUUGGGAUUGUUUUAGGUAUGGCAAUUUAGAUGGAGACCCAAAGGAGAUCUCACCAGUUAUUGAUCAGUUCAUCGAGUGUGUUUGGCAGCUUAUGGAACAAUUUCCUUGUGCCUUUGAAUUCAACGAAAGGUUCCUAAUCCACAUACAGCAUCACAUCUGUUCGUGCCAGUUUGGGAACUUCCUGUGCAACUGCCAGAAGGAAAGGCGAGAGCUAAAGUAAGGCACGCUUGCCACUUAAAUAAUACAUAUGCACAAUAGGCCAUUCACUCCUUGAGAGCUGUAUUUCAUUUAGAUGAAUGGGGUACUGGAAAGUGCAGACUUGGCCAUGAAAAUCUUUUGCCCUCCACUUCCUAGUUCUACAAGUUAUAUCAGGUUUCCCAGCCUAGUCAACUCCAUUAUCUUUUGGACUACAUCUCCUAUCAGCCCCAGUCAGCACAGCCAGUGGUCAAGGAGUUCCAGAUGGAAGUCUGAUAACAUGCCUUUUUUGAGAACAGAAAGGACCUGUAUUUAGCCAUGACUUGGACUUCAAACGUCCCAAGCUUGCUACAACCCUAGGCCUGUUAGACUGCUGUGGCUUACCUCCAGUGAUGUUGGAGUCCUGCUCCCAUCCACCCCUGGCAGCCUGGCUAAUAGGAAUUGAAGGGACACAGUUUUCCCACCCCUGCUAUAUCACUUUUAUUCAUUGGCUUUGAUUUGGAGUUGAAUGUACCGUCUAGCCUAGGGGUGAGCAACAUUUUUCAAUUCAAGGGCUUCAUUCCCUUGGGUCAGGGACUGGCCGGACACUGACGAGUGGGCACUGGCAGAAGGCGGUUGGAGACUGAUGUGGAAGAAAGGAACCUGUAACAGCCAAGAGGCAAGAGUCAGAGGCAGGAGAAGCUGCAGGUUUGGAGAGUGAAGACCGGGUGCAGUGGAGGAAGAGAGAGGUCAGGCUGGUGUAGAGUCAAGAGCUUCAACACCCACUCCUCCUGCCCCCUUCAGUCCUGCUCCACUGAUUCCCAGGACCAGAAGAGGAUUGAAGAGGGAGGAGCAGAAGGUUACACACAGGCAGAGUCUUCACCUGCUUGUGUGCAGCUCGGAUAGGGGAGAUACUGUGAUGGCUUGUGUAUGCUCUUUGCAAUAAGCACCUCUGCUCACUCAGAGAUAUUUACAGUGUGGGUUAAACCACAGAGCCUAGGACUUGCCGAUCAGAAGGUCGGUGGUUUGAAUCCCUGCAAUGGGGUGAGCUCCCAUUGCUCGGUCCCUGCUCCUGCCAACCUAGCAGUUCGAAAGCACGCUCCGGCGGGAAGGUAAAUGGUGUUUCCAUGUGCUGCUCUGGUUCGCCAGAAGCAGCUUAGUCAUGCUAGCCACAUGACCCGGAAGCUGUAUGCCGGCUCCCUCGGCCAAUAAAGCGAGAUGACCGCCGCAACCCCAGAGUUGGCCACGACUGGACCUAAUCGUCAGGGGUCCCUUUACCUUUAUUUUACAUGUGUUCAAGCAGCACAUUACAAUCAUGCAUCUGAAUCAUCCGGUUCAGAUUCGGGGAGUGGCCUUCACCUGCUUCUCCUCCAACAGAAAAGGCGGGGAAGUUUCAUGUGACGUCUCUCCCCCCUCUUCUUUAACUCUCUCCUCUCCUGGGCAGACAGAACAGGCACAGCCUCACUGUCUGUGCCUGAACUUCCUGUUCGGUGCUGGGGCUCUGUUCCAGCAUCGGAGAGCCUUUCCGCCUCCUGGCUCUCCCCCUCUUCCCCAUCCGACACUUCCUGUCUGUCUCCCUCUGUUUGUUCCCGCUCCUCAGUGGCAUUCUCUGGCAGUCCCAUGACAGAUACGUAAGCCAGGUUCAAGGGAGCAGCCUCUCCAUUGCGGCAACUGCCUCAUUGGGUACACAUCUAGGUGUAGCUGAGAGACGUAGGACUGAUGGCCCCGCCUUUUCCUAACUUGUAAGUGCACUUUUGGCAACAUCAUUGUUUCCCAAACUUGGGUGUCCAGCUGUUUUUGGACUACAAAUCCCACCAUCCCUAGCUAGCAGGACCGGUGGUCAGGGAUGAUGGGAAUUGUAGUCCAAAAGCAGCUGUUGACCCACAUUUGGGAAACACUUGAGUAAAUUCCUAACUGUGGACAUUCCUUGCCUGACAGUGCCUUGAUGUGUAGGAAAGCUUACUCUUUAUUCAAGUAGUGAGCAGGCCCAGGACAAAAAGUGGACUGAACAACAGGUGCAACUUGGUGCGGUAGGCUGCAUGUCAGCCAUGCAAAAGGUAGCAGCUUCUAUGUGAAAAACAUGUGCGCAUGCGUCCCCCCUGCCCCACCCUUUCCACUCAAGUAAGCAAGAAGCACAAUCAUAGGCCAAGGACACAUUCAAGCCAGACAGAAGCACUUGAGGGCCAGUGAAGACUGCAGCCUGGGAAAGGGAUGUGCUUUGGAGAGGGUUCAAAGGGCUGGGAAGUGAGGCUUAGUGGGCCACUUUUGGCCCCACGGAUUGAGGUUCUCCACCCCUCCUCUAAUCCUUCUCCAUUCGGAAUAGGGGAGCUUGAAUCAAAGAGUACCCAGUCCAGAGCAUUUGAAUUCUAGCCUUCUUAACUAAACACCUGCUCUCUUAACCUACUUCCACCAGCGUAUUUUGGCUUGGGCUUGUAUUCAUGGGACUUGUCUCUCAAAUCAACUUACAGGAUUCAAGAGCGGACUUACUCACUUUGGGCACACUUGUGGAAGAAUCGGGCAGAUUAUGUGAAUCCGCUGUACAGGGAAGACUAUAAUCGGACCCUGCACCCACAGUCCGCACCCUGCCAUAUUAUCUACAAGUAAGUGACAAUCUUGCCAGUGGAGGUUCUCUUAACGGAAAACGUUAGGACAAAAUGCUGCUGUUUGUUUCCCAGGUUUCAUUCCAGUGUAUGAAUAAUGUGAUAAUGUUCUGUUUAGGAGACAUAAAGCCAUGUGGAGUUUUUUGCUAAAUAGACACUUCGCUUGUAUCGCUGGAUUAUUCCCAGAAAUAAUGUCAAUGCCCAGUCCUGAAACAAAUUUGUAUUAGGAUAUCUGUUCUAAAAGCACCUGUUCCCAUCAGCACCAAUGUUGGGCUUGGUAGCAAGGCUAUAGGCAUGCGUCUUGUUUAUGUGGCAUAUAUCGUGUGGUUUGAUUUCUAACAUCUUUCAGCAAAUGUCAUCCUUAAGUUAUAUUGAAUAUAUAUAUAUAUCAUCAUCAUCUUCUCUCUUUCUCUCUCUCUUGCCUGUAUAUACAACCCUGUAUACAGAAGCUUUUUAAGGUUUAAUGUUUUACUAUGUUUUUAUACAUGCUGGAAGCUGCCCAGAGUGGCUGGUCCAGCCCAGUCAGAUAGCCAGGGCACAAACAAACAAACAAAUUAAUAAUAAUAAUUGAAGUUUUCACUUUGAAAGUCAAAUGUGCCUGUGUAGGACUUCCUUCCCAAAUGGCCACUUACAUAUAUUCCUAGAUUUCUUGCUCAUUUUCAAGUUUGUUUUUCUAGCCUCCCCCCCACUCCCAAAGCUAGAGUUUAUAUAUAUUUUCUGUGAUCCUGUGAAAUAAUAACAACAACAACAACAUAUUUCUUGUACCCUGCCUGACCUGGUUGCCCCAGCCACUCUGGGCAGCUUCCAAUAAAGUAUAAAGUAACACACCGAAACAUCAAACAUUAAAAGCUUCCUGAAACAGGGCUGCCUUCAGAGCUGCCAAAAGUCAUAUGAUUUUUUAUCUCUUUGAUAUCUGACGGGAGAGUGCUCCAUAGGGCAGGCGCAACUACCAAGAAGGCCUUCUGCAGCAUAGAUGGGCCCUGCUGAGGCAUUUGGUACCCAUGAACACCAACCACAUGAAGCUGAAAGACACAAGACUUGUUACUGCAUGUGGUGGGCACAGCAGUCUGACGAGGGGCCCUCCUCAGCACAUAGGAUUUCCUCCACAGGGAUGGGAAAGCUUGGUUAAUCAGAGGUCCUGUCCUCAUGUUGGAAACUGACAUGCCCAGAAGCAGUGCCCUUCAAACUGAUGCAUAUCAUGCAGCAGGUGGGGCUGGCAUGUAUGGCAGAGUCAGUGGGAGGGGGGCUAGCCCCACAUGUACUCUCUGGUCCCUUCACACGUUUGGUAGCUAUGGAUAUCAAAUGCCUAAUGGGGCUGCAGUCUUAACCCUGAUGUGCUGUGAGGAUCACUGACACUGAAACAAGCACAUCCAGUCCUUAAAAUUAUAUUUAUUGAAAUUUACAAAUAAUGUUUAUUAUUGCUACAUUUCAAAAGCUGAAAAUCUGUUAUGUACAAAUGCAAAUGGUAAAAAUCAAGAUCUCUCAUUGGUUUCCUUUACGGAGUGUGCUGUUUUAUUGUUCUGAUUGCUUUGUUCCCCGAGGAAAUUGUUUUUUAAAAGUUGAUCUGAAGCUAACAUUGCCUCUUGAGAAUUAAACUGAACUACUAUAGAUUUGGGAAAGGGGUGGUUGUGUUGACGGGAAUCCACUUAGCGCUAUCAUUAGAACUUACAGCAUUACAGAGCCUCUUAAAAUAGCUUCACAAGCCCUUUCUAAACAGCUCUAUUCUGAAUCCACCUCUGACUGUUACUUAACCCUGCACUGAUCUGCUUAUAUGCGCACGCAACCGACCUUUGGUUGCAUGUAACCGGAGGAACUGGACAACAGGGCAGAUAAGUCUAACUCAAGUAGUCCACAACAUGUCUUUACAGUGUACCCCACCUUCUCUGAGACUACUGUUUUCAGGCUAACCAGGGAACUGUCACCAGCUGUCAACCAGCGUCUCAAGGGUUAUGUGAAGAAACAUCUGCCUAUACAUCAGGUGUUCCUUCCCACUGCAGCACGCUCAUUGUUUCAGGGAUCUUGUGCUUGCUGCAAUUUGUGAAGUACUGAUUGCUUGACAGCUGCUUCAUGCUGAAAUGUGUCACUUUCCCAAACAGAAACGUCUCAGAAAUCCAGGAAUAUAUAUUUGAGCUGCAUGACUUUGCAGACUUCCAUGUUAAAAUUAGCCCCUAGAUCAGGGGUCUGCAACCUUUAAGACAAAAAGAGCCACUUGGACCCGUUUCCGAAGGAAAAAAAACUGGGAGCCGCAAAACCAUUGCGACAUUUAAAACGAAUAUAUCUCCGGAGCCGUGAUUUGACAGCGGGUGGGAAGGUGACAUCGGGACGGUGCGUGACUAACGCAUGCACCGCCCCCAUGCGACGCCACAGCCAGUACAGCGCCCGCCACAGUGGGGAGUGUCGGGGCGCACAAUGCGCCUCCUCCCCUCGCUAGUAUCCACCCCGGAGCCGCGGCAAAGGUGUAAAAGAGCCACAUGCGGCUCCGGAGCCGCGGGUUGCAGACCCCUGCCCUAGAUAGAAGAAGGCAGGCAAGGAUUUUCACAUGCCAACUUGAAAUUUAAGGAACUUCCCCCCCUUAUUAAACUUGUGUCUAGUAUAGCACAGAGCAGGGGUUGGCAAGGUUUACCGGCCAUGGGCCGGAUCACUCCCACGGAGAUCGUCCGUGGGCUGGACUGGCGCAGCGCGACGCCAGAAAUCGUGUCUGCGCAGAAGUGAUUUCCAGUGUCUGGACAUGUGCAGACGCGAUUUCCGGUAUCUGCGCAUGUGCAGACGCGAUUUCCGGUAUCUGCGCAUGUGCAGACGCGAUUUCCGGUGCUGCUCGGCGAGUUCCCACGCUGCGCUGGUUUAGCGCAGAGUGGGGGACUUGCUGAGUGGGCAGCUCAGUUCAGGGGCAGCUCGUGGGCCAGUAAAACAGUCUUCGUGGGCCACAGGUUGCCGACCGCUGGCAUAGAGGUCUGUGCUGGGUCUUAAAAGCGAUAUUGUACUCAUUUAGGUAGAAGUUACUUCCAUUGAAGUCUGUGGGACAUACUCCUGAAUAGGCAUGUACUGGAUUUCCUUGUGAGUCCUGCAACUUCAUUCUUUCGUUUUCCAGAUUCUGGAGUGGAAUGUACAACCGCUUUGAAAAAGGGCUGCAUCCUCGGCAGUCUGUUACUGAGUACUUAUUGGCAGUGAAGGAAGAAACACAACAGUUGGAGGAAGAGCUACUGGUCUUGGAAGAGGUAUCUUUAUUUAUUUAUUACAUUUCUAUCCCCCCUUUGGGGUGUUAGGGCAGGGGUAGUCCCUCUGGUGGGGGACAUGUUAUGCUCCUUCUGGGGUAGUUUGUCCACCUUUGGUCUCCAUCCUGCUCUCAGCUCCCACCUGUAGCUCCUAUAAGCUGUUAGCAUGCGACUGGUUGGCUAAACCAGGUGAUGGUAGCUGAUGGGUCUCAAACCUUCCAUGAGAUAGGGACUUCCUCUGCAUGUGAAGACAGACUCUGGAGGACGAAACCAAUAGUAGGUCCAAGGCCAAUAAGGUGGUUUCUGCAUGUGCUAUAGAGGGGGCAGAUGGGACUCGUCAACCUGGGAUGGUAACCCAUUGAAGAGAAGGAAAACUCUGAUCUUAAACCUCUGCUGCCUUGUGGGAUAUCAUCAGCAAGGUCCAGAGUGGUUUCUUGUCAUCUGGGCAGCCCAGGACCUCCAUCCACAUUGCCCAGGCUUGCACUUUGGUGCAGCCAACACAGUUGUUUACUUCACCCCCAGCGGCACAUGCCAUUGCCUCUCUCUCUCUUGACUGAUGCCAACAAUCCCCUUUCCUCCAAGGAACAAAGGUGGUCUAUGUGGUUCUCCUUCUCCCUGUUUUAUUCUUGUAGCCACCCUGUGAGGGAGGUUAGGUUUAGAAACUGGGACUCGUCCAGUGAAGGAGCUUUCAGAGUUGAACAGGGCAUUGAACCUGAACUCCCAGGUCCUAGUCAACACUCUAUAACCACUACAUUUCACUAUGCUUCUUGAAGUCAGUGUGGUGGGCCAGCUUUGAUCCAGUUCAACAUGUGUGCAUUGCAUGCAGCUGGUGGUCCCAGAUGGGGAUGCGUCCAUCAAGCUAAACUGAGUCCAUCACUAUGAAGAUACAGAGAUACACCUCCAGCAUGCAGAUCUCCCUUUCUUGACUGGAGCACUUGCAUUCCUUCCCACCCCCCCAACCGCUAAAGCUAAUUUUAUGACUUUGGAUAGUAUAAAUAGUACACAAUCCCUGAUCCUGAAAGUGAUGAGACAGAAGACAUUUUUUUAGGUCUUGUUUUUAUUAUGAUUUCCCAUCCUCUCUCUCCUGUCCCCCCAUAAAAUUGUAGUUAUUAGCUGCCAUUUAAUAUGAAACAUUUCCCCCGUGGUGACUUAUAACAUGUAAAACAAUUCCAAACUGUAUAAAAUAUAAACAGCAUAAUCAGAGGUGUAAUAGGAGCAGUAAAAACAUUUCAGAUCAAUAUAUUGCAGCCAGCAGUAAGACUACUGCCUGUUAAACUCUCUCAUUAAAAUUUGUUUCUGGAGUCCACCUAAAUACUACUAAGGAGAGAGCUGAUCUUGAGGGAGAGUGUUCCAUAGACAUGGGGCCAUUGCAGAAAAGGCACUGUCUUUUGUAUACACCAGCCUUCGCUUAUUUUAUGGAGACUGCACUAAUGGGACCUCUGUAGCUGAUCUCAAAUCCCUGGCUAGUUCAGUUGGGCUUAGACAGUCCUCUUAGUAGCUUGGUACCAAACAUUUAUGUCAAAAUAAAAAAUGAAGACUUGGGUCAGGAAUGAUCUUCCAAAGAUGAAAGAGAACCCUCCAAAAAUUGGACCUUAUCAAAACACAUUUUCUCAGGCUAAGAAAAGAAAAGACGUUUUGCCUGGGGGUGGGGCGGGAAUGGUGCGAGUCAGUAUCCUAAGUCUCCAGGGUGGAAACUUGCUCCACUGUAAUUUCACUUGGCCAUUCUCUCUCAAUCCAAUCCAUUAUAUUUCAUGUUGUUCUCCGUAUUUAGUUUUUUUGUUCAAAGCAUUUAUACUCACCCCUAUGCACAAAGGCUCCUAGAGUGACUUAGAUCAAGAAAAGCAACAGAUGUGACACAAAAGGAUAAAGGGAUGGGGAGAGAAGAAAAUAAUCAACCUCAGGCACCAAAUUUUUGAUGUUUAUAAUAGCCUUGUAACACCAAUAAUUUCAUGCCUGAGUUUGCUUGCUUUACUCUUCCCCUUCCCAUCCUUUUUGACCAGUUAAGAUGGAAAUAGACUGGUUGCUGUUUUGUUUCCUUUAUUUUAAGGCCUUGAUAGCCCUUGAGAAAUAGUAAGCAUAAUACAAAAUAAUAAUGAUGUUAAUAUGGGAUGUAUAUUUCCUCUUCCCUUGCUGUCCCCUUUUCCUUUUGUGAGGUGCCAGGGCAGGAACUGUGUCAUUUUUAUCGAUAUGUGAGUAAUUCUGGGAGUUUUUCUUGCUGAAGAGCGGGAUAUAUAUGUUUUGAAAGAUAGAAAAACGAGGAAUGAACUGUUUCUUGUCUUGUAGAGAUUGGCCAAGCUUACAAGCGGGCCGUUGAAUAAUGGUGAGAUAAAGCAAAAACAACGAAAUGGAAGCAACGACUUUGGACAUUCUACUUCCAAUGACAGCAUCGCCAACACUCCCCAGGAUUACACAGGCAAUCUGAAAUCCUUCUCCUCCCGGAGUCCAUCACAGGGAGAUGAAGAAGACUCGGCCCUGAUUCUUACGCAAGAUAACCUGAAAAGCUCCGAUCCAGAUCUCUCUGCUAACAGUGAUCAGGAGUCAGGUGUGGAGGACAUGAGCUGCCGGUCCCCAAGCGGAGGGGGAUGUUUGCCCAGCGAGGAUAGCACCAAAGACCGCGAUUCGGACGAAGCUGUUUGUCUUACUGUCUGAAACGACAGCCAGCCAGUAGGUGACAAAUGACUGCAUGUUGAAAGAGAGAAAAGUCCAAAGAAAUAGAGUUGUGCACUUAAGGUCCAGAUGUAACAUAGUUGUAAGCUAGAAUCUUAACUGGAAAAAUAACCUCUUAUAUUUAGCUUCUCCUAUUUAAGAACCGUCAUGUAUUUAUGGGCUUGCUUCAUCUUCCUUUAAUAACUGACAGAGCCAUACAGAACGGACAAUUUCUAUUUAACUUAGAAUUCUAGGUUAGUGUUUAGUUGGUCGACAGCAGUACCGUUCCAAAGAAGCUUCGAGAAAACAUGUUGAUGCAAGCCAUGCCAAAACAAAACAAAGACCUGCCCUCACCAUUCCUGGAAAAUAACAGCUUGCACUUUAUGGAUACAGCUGAACAAAACUUCUUGAAGAGCAUUACUCCAUCCGUUCAGAAAGUUAUAGUUAAAAUAGUAAAAAAAAUCAUUCCCAUGUUCCUGGAUUUAUUCCAGCCUUCCUCAAACUGGUGCCCUCCAGAUAAUUUGGAUUACAACUGCCACCAGCUCCAACCUGUGCAGGUGAUGAGAAGACGAGUCUAGGCACAGACAGCAUACCAGUCACUUGCUGCAGAUUCUUAAAAGGACCAAGUAUUUAGAAAGCACUUAUUUCCCUGUGUUACAGAUGGGGAGUACUGAAGCAAGGCUGUACUGCUGAGGACCACAAACCCUGAGGACCACAAGCUUGUGCCAAGCAGGCCCAGAAGCCCCAAUCUUUCCUGCCCCUUCGUUUUGCAGGAGAGGAAGAAAACAAAGAUGAAGUUGUAUCUCAAAUCAACAAAGGGCCUUCUCUUUGCUUUCCUCUAAGGGAGACGUUUCCUUAAAUACCGUGACCCUGAUCCAGUUUUAGUUCCAGGUAUAGCCAUGUGUAACAACAGCUUCACGAUCAAGGAUGCAAAGUCACAUGCCCAUGCAUAAUAAAAGAUGCCCUGUCCAUUCUGGUUGGGUUUGUAGCACUGAGACAACAAGGGAUGUGAAUCCAGGUAAAUGCAGAGAGGCUGUUUAUGGGGAUUGAUGUAUUUUGCUAGACUUCUGUCUCUGAGAGCUCUGCUUUUAUAUCAUUUUGGGGGUGGGGGGAUUUGAAGAUGAUUGCUGCUUAAUGGGACCCCUGUACUUGAGGCCUAUCUUUGACUUCUAGUUUGGAAGAUACUGGGCUGUAUUCAAUGCUCCGCAAGUUGAACUCUGCCUGUGCAACAAGACGUCCUUCCUGUGCAUGUCCCGCAAACCACAUUUUGUUCCUGAUUAUGUUACAGAAACAAGAGUUUAUAUUGGAUUAGCUAUCAUGUGUACGUACAACAGUCAAACCCUGGUUUUAGUCUAGCGACAAAACAGGAAAGGAACUCAAGGUGUGGUCAUGCAGGCAAAGAGGGUGUGACAAUGCAAACAGGAGGGGGCUUGAUUCAAAAUACUUCCUAUUAAGGUAUAUGGAGCUGCAAUAAGGUAAAUGGACUGCAAUAAUCCAGAUUAGUUGGGUUUGGUUAAACUAAGCGAUUUUGGUUACUAGUAGCAGAAAACCCAGCAGUCACGGACCCUGAGUAGAUUCCUGCCACUUUUUCUUAUGUAAAUGUAAUGGCUGUAGCUCACUCCUGGAGUGGGCGGGGAGUGGGUAGGACAAGGGACAUAAUUUUGGGAGCAAACACUGUCCCCAAAACUCAUAGCCCCAGCCUUCAGUGAUAAAAACCUGGUAGGGAUGCAACACAUCUAGCAACAUUCAGAAACUUGAAAGAUGACUCACAUUGGUUUUAAACAUUCCAUGUUUUGAAAUCAGCUCCACACUUUAGAAUCGUACAUCUUUCUAAAACAUAUGCGUAAGAAUACCUGAUGUACAUUCUUAACGAUUUUUCUGGAUAGGAAUGAAGAAUGGUUUCUUUCAAAACUUGGAAAGCAUGGAAGCCGCCAUGUUUGUGGAAUCACAUAUGAAAUACGGAUGGUGGGAAGGUGAAAUCUGGGAAUUGAACUUAAAACAAGUGUAACACUGUAUACUAUAUCAUCUUGUCUGUAUUUCUAGAAAUAUAGGAGUUUGAAAUAUGAAAAACACUUAGUAAAAUUUGUGCAGCAUAUUUUAAUGUCCAGUUUUGCCGCUCAACUCCUGGUGGUUUUGCUUGGGAUCCCUGAACUCUUGAUUUAAGACCUUAUGGCUUGUUUUGUUUUUGUAUCGUCUUAAUGCUGCAUUAUACUACCUGAAUGAAGGUUAUUUAAAUAAUAAAUACAUAAGGACGCACAAUUAUUACA